UUCGAGAGAUUUCUUCUGAUCCUGGUCACUCUUCUGACGAAGAGGCGCUGUCUAGAAAUCAUGGCAUCUUCUUCGCCGCCGCCGCCGUCGUCUCCGGUCACCAUCUUUUUCACUAUCGCGAUUGCUCUCUUCUUCUUCUUCUCUGGAACUACUCUAGAAGCUUCUUCUUGCUCCAACAAUGCCGUGCCAAUCGUGAGAAAUAUAAGCGAGCUUCCUCAGGAUAGCUAUGGAAUACCAGGAUUGUCCCACAUGACAGUGGCCGGCUCAGUAAUGCACGGCAUGAAAGAGGUCGAGAUAUGGCUUCAAACGCUUAGUCCAGGUGGGCACACACCGAUUCACAGGCACUCCUGUGAAGAGGUUUUCGUCGUAUUGAAGGGAAAGGGCACGGUGUAUCUUGCUGAAAAUUCGCAGGGGAAGUACCCCGGGAAGCCGCAGGAAUUUCCCAUCUUUGCAAACAGUACAUUUCAUAUCCCAAUCAACGAUGCUCAUCAGGCCUGGAAUACUGAUGAACAUGAGGACCUCCAGAUUCUGGUUAUCAUAUCCCGUCCUCCUGUCAAAGUAUUCAUAUAUGAUGACUGGUUUAUGCCACACACUGCUGCAAGGUUGAAGUUCCCCUUCUUGUGGGACGAGCAAUGCUUCCAAGAUUCUCAAAAAGACGAGCUUUGAACAAGUUUGAGCCAAUCCAAUACCAGAUGAUCUAGUACAUGUUGUUACAAGGCGGCUGUAUCAGCCAAUGUUGCCUACAUCUUUGGUAAUAAUCCAUUUUGAGACAGUGACAUCUGCAAAUGUUAAGACUGCGCGUCUUCUUUCAGCCUCGUUACGACGUGGAACUCGGGUCCAAGCAUGUGCUGUAUGUCGAUAUCCACGGAAAUGCUAAGUUUGUUGGCUAUUUCGGUUAUCACUUGUGGUGUGAGGCUAAAGCCUGAGUUUGACAGGACGCGUAUUUGUCUAA